CUCUUCUGAGGCUACUUCGCCAGAUGGUGCAGUCUUUUUCUUUUGUUUACCCAUCGCCUCCCAGUUUACCUAACAAACCUUAGCGACAGAACUAUGGGAUGUCUCUGAGCAGCAUCGCCGCGCCGGACACGGACACCUUCAGGUGUCUUUCACCAGGAGGAAGGACUCACACCACCAUGGGAUCACUCACAAACCUGUGCUGAAGCUCCAGGCCUGCUUCUCACCCAUGUGCCGCAUUCCGAGCUGCGGCUCGUCUGUCCGAAGCAGCCCGGCCGUCAAGACGUUAAACAUGCCCGAAACCAAAUGAUCAACUGAAAUCCAUCCCAUCAAAUGGACAAGAAAAGGUUCCCCGCCGCCACGUCCAGGCAGAUGGACUCGGCGUCCAGGAGACGGGGCGGGCUGACGUUCCCUCAGCCUCCCCCGCUGGCCUCCUCCGUCCAGUACGGCCGUAUUCAGGCGGUGGAGGUCGCCAGAGGGAGGACGGGCUACGGCUUCACGCUGACGGGCCAAAGCCCCUGCGUCCUCAGCUGCAUCCUCAAAGGAAGCCCUGCGGACUACGUGGGGCUGCGCUCCGGAGACUGCAUCCUCUCCGUCAACGACAUAAACGUCUCCAAGGCGUCCCACGAGGACGUGGUCAAACUCAUCGGACGUUGCUCCGGCGUUCUGAAGCUCGUCAUCGCCGAGGGCGAGCGUCAGCGUCGCCACCCUCAACGCUGCGGCGCCCCCGCCGGCGGCGUCCGGCACCACAGCGGCAGCGUGAUGGCGCCGGCCUACGCUGACUCCUGCUCCAGCGAUGACGAGCUGGACGUCUUUUACAACAACGGCGGCGGCGGUGGCCACGGCAGGUCAGGCGGCGGCGGCGGCGGGAAAGCGGGCUGGUACAGAGCAAAGCCGGACCCCAGGCAGCUGGGCAUCAACCGAGCCGAGAAGGUGGUGGCGGAGCUGCAAUCUGGGGGAAUCUUCAACAUGAUCUUCGAAAACUCCAGCCACUCCUCCAGCAGCUCGGACAAGGACAGGCCCGGGGCGAGCCUGUCCUCGAAGCCGCGUCAGCCGUCCGAGCCGGAGUUCAACCCGUACCGGGACGCCGCCUGCUCCCACGGCAACCCCAACCUCCUCUCCGAGGAGGAGAUGGCCCAGGUGCUGAACGACGACUCCGUCUUCCUGGAGCCGGACUUCCGGCACCUCCACCUUCACCGGCACGAAGAGCACGACCUGGAUGUAGGCGAAGGCGCCGACUUCGGUCUGGAGCCCGGCGAGGAAAUCCUCAACGUGGGGAUGAUGGUGGGAUACCUGGGCUCCAUCGAGCUGGCCUCCACGGGCGCCAACCUGGAGAACGACAGUCUGCAGGCCAUCAGGGGGAGCAUGAGGCGCCUGAGAGCCGAGCAGAAGAUCCAUUCUUUGGUCCUCAUGAAGGUCAUGCAUGACAGCGUGCUCCUGUGCAGUGACAGAGGUCAGGUCCUGGCCACCUAUCCUGCAGAAAAGCUAGCCUUCAGCGCCUGUUGCCCCGACGACCGGCGGUUUUUCGGACUGGUAACCAUGCAGGCGACGGAGGAGCACGACGACCGUCGCUUCAGCAACGGGCGACACGACGAGGCCGCCGGUUUGAGGACGUCGUGCCACGUGUUCAUCGUGGAUCCGGAGCUGUGCCACCACCAGGUCCACCUGGGUGUGGCCCGGAGGUUUGGCUUCGAAUGCACCCCUGACCCAGACACGGGAGGCUGCCUGGAGUUCCCACCCAGCUCCCAGCCUCUGCUCCAGUUUGUCUCCGUCCUCUACCGGGACAUGGGGGACAACAUCGAGGGGGUGCGGGCCCGCGCGUUCCACGACCCGGACAACGACGCCCAGCAGAACCACAGCACCAGCAGCAACAGCGACAGCGGGAUCGGCAACUUUCUGCCCGAGGAGAAGAGCAACAGGGUCCUGCUGGUCGACCUCGGGGGCCCCCCGAGUCACGGCCACACGUCCGGGGCCCGCCACUGGGACAGCCCGCCUUCGUCCCGACAGGCCUGGAGCCCCGUCCUCGGAGCCGCCGCCUCUCUCCCGCCUCCUCCUCCUCCUCCUCCGCCGCCUCCUCCCAUGGCGAGGAACGGCCACUACCUUCAGGAUUCGCACCUGGCCGACCUCCCUCACCCCCUCCCCCUGGCUCACCCCGACCUGCCGGGCAGACUCUCGCGGGGGCUCCACCCGCACCACUACUCGGGGGGCAAGCUGGGAGGAGCCGUGGGGGGAGGAGACAGGAGAGGAGGAGGAGGGAUGGAACCUCAGAGGUGGCUCCCAGUCCAUGUGCUGAGAGACUGGCGCCAGCAGCACCACCACAGCCACUUCCAGGGUCUGAGCAGCGAUCAGGAGUCCUACGCCGAGUCCACCGACGGAUGGUCCUCAGCCAACUGCAGCACCCUGCCCCCGCCCAUGAGCAAGAUCCCCGCGGACCGCUACCGGGCCCCGCUGGCCCCCGGGGACCACAUGCAUCCACCUGCCGUCAGCCCCCCUCCUCCCCCUCCUCUACCCCUGCCUGCCGCGCACCCCCACGGCCACCGGCUGGCGGCCCACAAAGACGAGUGGGCUAGGAAGCUGUUCGGCGCCGGAGACCGGGAGCGGAACGGAGCGCGGCGAGCUGAACGGGAGAAAAAACGAGAGGCAAACCCGAAGGAGGGAGAGAAAAAGGGUGGUCGGUUCCGCGGUUUGACGAUGGGAUUCCCUCCUCUGCCCCAGCGCUCUUCGGCCAGACGCUCCUUCGGGCGCUCCAAGCGGCUCAGCAUGGCUCGCUCCCUGGACGACUUGGAGUCCGCUGCCGUCUCUGAUGGAGAGCUGAACAGCGUGGAGCUGCAGGGCUGCAGCAGCGACAACAGCCUGAACAGCAACGCCAGCCUGCCCAGCGUCCAGAGCCACCGGCGCCACACCGAGAGGCGGGUGGCCAGUUGGGCCGUCUGCUUCGAGCGGCUGCUGCAGGACCCCGUAGGAGUCCGCUACUUCUCGGAGUUCCUAAAGAAGGAGUUCAGUGAGGAGAACAUCCUGUUCUGGCAGGCCUGUGAGUUCUUCAGCCAUGUCCCUGAGAACGACAACAAGCAGCUCUCGCAGCGUGCCAGAGAGAUCUACAACAGCUUCCUUUCCAGCAAAGCCACAACGCCGGUCAACAUCGACAGUCAAGCCCAGCUUGCCGACGACAUCCUCAACGCGCCAAAACCCGACAUGUUCAAGGAGCAGCAGCUGCAGAUCUUCAACCUGAUGAAGUUUGACAGCUACACGCGAUUCCUCAAGUCUCGUCUGUACCAGGAGUGCAUGCUGGCCGAGGUGGAGGGCAGACCGCUGCCGGACCCUUAUCACAUCCCCAACAGCCCGACGUCCAAGCACAGCACCACCAGCUCCGACCGCUCCAACCUCUCCACUCCUAAGAAGGAGGACAAGAAGACCAAAUCGGGUCGAUCUUUGAACGACGACGGGCGGGAUGAUUCAGGGGACCGGAAGAAGGGCAUGUUUUUCUCCUGGUCCCGAAACAGGAGCUUCGGCAAGGGCCCCAAAAAACGAGAGCUGGCCGAUUUUAACUACAAUUUUCCUGGCACCAACGGCCGUCGAGAGUCCCAGGGUUCCCUGUCCUCAGGAGCCAGCCUGGAGCUAGGGAUGCCGGGGUCGGGGAAGAAUGAGCAUGAACGUGGAGGAGGCAGCGCCCCCUUGAGGCAGUGUAACAUUAGCUUGCCGGAUGGCUCUUGUUGCCCGGUGCCCCUUCGGCCCGGCAUGUCCAUCAGGGAGCUGCUGCAGGGCCUCUGUGACAAGCUGUGCAUCAACCUGGCAGCUAUAGAUCUUUUCCUAGUAGGAGGAGAGAAGCCACUUGUUUUGGACCAAGACUGUAUGACCCUGUGCUCCCGAGACCUUAGACUAGAAAAACGCACCCUAUUCAGACUAGACUUGGUCCCCAUCAACCGCUCCGUGGGUCUGAAAGCAAAGCCAACUAAACCAGUAACUGAGGUCCUGAGGCCUGUUGUGGCCAAAUAUGGCCUCCACCUUUCCGACUUGGUUGCACGCAUACGCGGCGAGUCAGAGCCUUUAGAUCUUGGACUUCCCAUUUCCAACCUGGAUGGUUUGCGAGUUGUGUUAGACAUAGAAGAAAACGCCGUGGGCAAAGAAAAACUCAAAGCGGCUCAGAGCCACCUUCCAGCCUCCACAAGCAGAAACCAGUCAGCGACAGGGGACGACAGGCCACCAAGGAAAGGCGGUUCAGCCCACCCCCAUGGGGAAAAUGGCAAGGCUGGGCCCGGCCCUGACCCAAGCAGCCAGGCCUUACCCAACCACUCUGUCUCUCUGCAUAAGGCUCCGGGGAAAAGAAAGCAGAAAAAGAUUAAUAUAGACGAAGCCGAAGAGUUCUUCGACCUUAUAUCCAAAGCUCAGAGCAACCGAGCCGACGACCAGCGAGGCCUGCUGAACAAGAGCGACCUGCAGCUGCCGGACUUCCUGCGCCUGUCACCAGCCAACCCGACGGGGCCUCCCCCCUGCAACCCCGAGAACGUCUGCUCCGCCCCGGAUUCCCGUAACACCAACAACGGCGGCGUCCCCGGCAGCGGCCGCCGGGGCAACAAGGGAAACAGCAACCACAGGGGCGGUGUAGUCAGUGGCUCGCAUCUGCUCAGCGCGAGCCACCAGUCGCAGAGCUUGGACUCGGCGCUGGGCGCAGAGUGCGGGGGAGGCAGGAAAGCCAGGCCGCACCCUUCGUUUCCCGUCGCCUUGUCCCCCGUCCAGCCAACCCGAAACAACACGCAGGGUGUCCCCCAGGACCCAGCCAGGGGGGAGUCAAUCCAAAUGCUCGAGGAGGACGCCCUGUCGGACCUAACUCUGGUGGGAGAGGGGGACAUUAACAGCCCCAGCCUCAACUACAUCACUCCCUCCGCCCUGUCGAGUAAACCCCUCCCCCGACCUCUACACCAAGCACAGGACGGUCGGCCUAGCUCAGGUACCUUGCCAGUGUGAACUCUUUCAACCACUGAACAUGCACCGCUCCCUUCACCUGACUGCUAGCGGGACUGGAGACCCCCUAGAGUCAGCCUGAAGUCACUUCAGUGGCCACUAAUCACAUGCGGCAGAAAAUGCAUCUGAAACUCCUCCUUUCCUUCCAUUGAACUGAGUACUAAAAUAUUUUUCAAUUUAUUAGAUGCAUCACUGCAAAUUAGGAGCUGUAGUCCAGAUUUUGAUAGAAAUACACAUAACUACUCUAAAAGGUUAGAGCCAAGAGCGUAAAUGUAUGAGAUUAGAGAUUUGGUUUUGUUUAGACAGACCACAGUAAAUGUGAUAAAGUGAGAUUUGCACUGCUUUGUGGCCAGCAAUCCACUUUUGAGGAUAACAAAAUGUGUCAAAAACAAAGAGAGGAAAAAUAGAUGCAUUGAGCGUGGACAAAAUGUGCCCCCUGAAUUUUCUUGUGUUGUGUGCAUCUGUGUGGACUUUUUCAACGGGCUUGCUGUGGAUGUUUUUUUUUUGUUUUUUUUGCUUUAAGACAUAAGACUGAGGGUGAGCUUGGUAAAAAAAAAAAACCUGCGCCAAAUUCACUCCUCCAGUCCCUAAUUGUACAGAAUCUUAACAAUGCACUUUAGCCAAUUGUAAACAAGACUUUAAUUAUUUGUCUAAAUGUCAUUUUUUCCCCCCUGUUACUCCACUUUGCAUUCAUUUUCUUGUCUUUUUCAUACUAAAUGUGAUUGAGAUGCCAUAGGUUUAGAAUUCAUUAUCUCAGUAAUAGAGAUGUGUCGAUAAAAAUGUUGUGGCUGGUUUCCUAUCUCCGGUUUUGGCAAAGCUAUGACCUGCCAAUAUGAUUGUACCCAAUUCCAAAUUCUCAUUAAGAGCUACGACAUUAAAAAAAAUGUUUUUCUAGAGUUCCUGUGGCGAGCAGUAAUUACUUUUUUUAUUAGGGGCUCAGAGAGCAGUCACUGUAAAACAGGAUUUUACUAUCUUUAAAAGGCAAAAAACAGUUUUGCAUGUUGAAUUGACAGUUAGCAUGGCUAGCAUUACUGAAACCCAGUCAUGGUUAUUCCCUAGAAGACGUAGAUCCUUACCACGACUCUUAUAUUUUCUAAAAUGACAUAUAUUUAAGGUUCUUAAGCAUAAAGCAGACCAACUUUGCUAGACUCCUUUUAGCCUUCCUGUUAUCUCCUGAAAGUUUUGCUCUCUCUCUCUCUCUCUCUCUCGCUCUUUAUACCUUGAAUGAACUCAGACAUUUCUCGACAUGUCGUAGACAAUAGUUUCCUCUCAAAGGGCUUCGUGGAUCUCUGUGCGUCCUUUGAGCAUUUUUAAACGCCUCACCUAUAAUGAAACGGGCUAACUUUCAGUCUUCUUUGUUCAGUAACAACUUCCGCACUGAAGAGAGGUACAGCUGAAACCUGGUAGCGCUUAGGUUUGGUGCAUUCACUGAUUGUAAGGUCAGAUUCUUUAGUUUUCUAUUUGCCAGCCACGCGUCACGGCUGAUCAAGCUGAAACAUGUCUGAUUCUAGUAAACAACCGCUAACUCGGAUAGUCUCUACUCAGUAGCCACGAGAAACUAAACUACAGGCAAGGCCGGAAAGCUCUGAUAAAAUAGUUUUAAAGCAAUCAUACACUUUUUAACUUAACCUUGUAACAGCUGGCUGGCCUGACCCAGUGAAGUCAGAAGAUACACUACCUUUACACACAGUUUUUAAAAAUCUCUUUCCAUCCAUGUUCUCUUACCUCAGGCAUUUUGACUGUAUCGCAAAAGCUUAAGCGUGCACUCUUGGCUCAUUGAUCUUUAAUAAUGUGCACUGACUGUAAACAAGCAGCUUUUUUUUUUCUUUCUUUCUUUUUCCAUCCACCAUGUUUGUUUCAGAUUAAAAAGCUUUGAGCUGUGUUUCCUGCAGGCUUCAAUCUGGACACACUUCUUUUGAGCCUUUACUGUAUAAAUCCGUUAAUUUAUGCAUCAUGUUGUUUUCAUGGUUACCAUCAGUUAAAAGUAUUCAUUUGUAUAUAGUUCCCUAUUUGAACCCGCCGUGUCGACGCAGUCAUUGUUGAAUGGUAUUGCUGCCACGCUGUCUCAUUAGGAAUCGGUUCAGCAGAGUUGACUGUAAAUAGUUCAAAUAAAUGUUUUCCACAUUUCA